GUGCAGUCAGGUGGGUCUUGGCCUGGGCCCUGGGGGGGCAGGACAUGCUAGAGAGAGCCCAGCAGUGGCUCCAUGCAGGCUCCUUGGGACUCCCGCCCCAGACAGCCCAGGAUGGCCGUGCCCCGGGUGCUGCCGCUGGCCGUGUGGCUCCUGUUGAGCCUUCUCCCGACAGGCCUGGCCCAGGAGACCCCUCCGCCUGGGUGUGGCAAGGACCUGCCUUCGCUGUACUACAACCUCUGCGACCUGUCGGCGCCCUGGGGCAUCGUGCUGGAGGCCCUGGCCAGCCUGGGGAUAGCCAGCAGCUUCGUGCUCUGCAUCGUCCUGGUGGCCAGCCUGCCCUUCAUGCAGGACCCCCGGAAGAAGAGCCUGGUGGGGACGCAGGCGCUCUUCCUCCUGGGCACCUUCAUCGUCAAGCCGUCCUUCUCCACCUGCGCCUCGCGGCGCUUCCUCUUCGGGGUCCUCUUCGGGAUCUGCUUCUCCUGCCUGGCGGCCCACGCCGGCGCCCUCAACGUCCUGGCCCGGGGCAGCCAGGGGCUGCCGGGCUGGCUGACCUUCGGCGCCGCCCUGCUGCUGGCCCUGGUGGACGCCGAGUGGCUGCUCAUCACGGUGGUGAGGAGCGGCCCCCCCUCCCAGAGCCCCUGCGCCGUGGCCAACAAGGACUUCGUCAUGGCGCUCAUCUUCGUCAUGUUCCUCCUGCUGGCCGCCUUCGCCGCCGCCUGGCCCGCCCUGUGCGGCCGCUACCGGCACUGGAGGAAACACGCCGUCUUCAUCCUCCUCACCACCUCCCUCUCCAUGGCCGUCUGGGUGGUCUGGAUCGUCAUGUACCUCUAUGGGAACCAGCAGAGGGGCAGCCCCUCCUGGGACGACCCCACGCUGGCCAUCGCCCUGGUCACCAACGCCUCCGUCUUCAUCUUCUUCUACGUCGUCCCUGAGCUGUGCCACGUGACGCGCCCGGGCCCGGAGCAGGCCUACGAGAACGACGCCUACCCCACCCGGGGCGUGGGCUAAGAGACCAUGCUGAAGGAGCAGAAAGCCCAGAGCAUGUUUGUGGAGAACAAGGCCUUCUCCAUGGACGAGCCGGCCUCAGGUAGGCGGGGGGCCGAGGGGCAGCUGUGGCCUGUCUCUCUGGGGCGUGGGGGGUGGCACGAUGCAGGUGUUGGGGGUCCACCCGAGCGGACCGGAGCCCUUCCCAGGGCAAGGGGAGCCCCACUGGGAGCUGUUCCUGUAGCCCAACCCUGCCUGGCCCUGAGCAGCCUCUGCCCCCUUGACUUCAGCGGGCACUGGCGGCGCCCCACCUCGCGAGGGAGCUCCAUGCCAUGCAGGAUUGGGCCCUUUGGGAGAGACUGCGGGGCCCCUCCCCCCAUUUCCAUUCGGCCAAAUAUCGGGGCAAGGAGCCGGGCUGUGAGGGCUGCUGAGGCCCAUAACGAGGCCGGAGCGGCCGUGCGCCAGCCCGGGGGACAGGCGCUCCUGAUCCAUGACUGGGGCUCCCAGGAGUUACAAGCCGAGGAACACCCGUGA